AUGAAUACUCGUCGGAAUUACUAUGCAAUACGGCACAUCGGCGGCCAACAGACUUGCGGAAAACACGUAGACUCGAAUGCGUACCUACAUCCAUGGUGUACCUACAUCGGCGAUUCGGACGCAAUACGAUCGCUUCCGAAGCGCAAACUGGGUCAAUUAGGAGCGAUGUUGAUUGAGGUGUUCGUUAUCGGUAUUAGCGGUAAAGCCUACACAUAUUACACGUACGGCCUACGACUGAGCAAAGGCCUCUUCGGAGCGCUGGGGCUGAAACUUCGCACUAUGAUGUUGCCC